AUGGCGCAAGACGCGGGCGUGCCAGUGGUCGAAGAAGCCAAGGAGUGGAAAGGCGCCACUGGAUCCGACGACGAGGGCGAUGCCGACGAGCAUGCGACCUCCUCGUUUCGGGCGCGGGAGAGGCGGCUGUCGAUGGCGGAGGAGGUCCGCAAGGAAGAGCAAAUCAUGGGUGACACGCAAGUGGAGGUGGUGAAGCAGCAAGACGAGUGGAAGGGUGGAGACGAUUCCGAGGAGGAACAGGCCGAGCCCGUCGAGCGCACGGCUCAACGAAGGGCCUCGGAGUCCUUCGAGAAGAGAGAGAGCCGAAUACAGCAGGGCGCCUUGGUGCGCUCGAGCUUCAGCCAGAGUGAGCCGAGCGUGAUGUCCUUCGAGCAAACUGGCCGAGUGCGAGCGGACUCGGGUCGGGAACCAGACGAGACGGAGCUUUCACGGGUUCAAAGUCAGAAUCCACUACCAGUUCGAGGUCCCAGCAAGAUGGCCCUCACGAACAGCGUCAUUGCGCCCUUGCCGAGCGCGAUGGAAGUGGAUGCCGCUAAAGUGGCGUUCGAGUCCUUUGGAGAGGUCUUCAGGGUGAAGCGCUUGGAGAAAUUCAACAACUUCGUGCAGGUAAUCUUCUACGACGUGCGCUCCGCCGCCGACGCGGUGAAGGCCUUCGGAGAAGCUGGCUGCAUUCCUGGACCUCAGGUGGGUGAACGGACAGUGAAGCUGGCCGGCGAGGAUCAACUCUCCACCAAGGAUUUUCAGAAUAUCUCAGAGGUGCUCAAGAGCAAGGACGGCGCGUUCUUCCUGGAAUUCUACGACGUGCGUGAUGCGAUGCGCUACCAGAAACAGUCCAAGAAGGAGAUGAGCAUCGAACUUCCACCUGGCUUACCGCAAAGCCUCAAGCCACAGGAGCCCUGCCUCAGGUCUCCCCCUGGACUGAAGCCUCAGACCAGCAAGGCCACAUGGGAGGUGCUGGUCCGGCAUCUCCCGAGCAAGCUACUGACCCAGGUGAUGAUGGAAGCGGUCUUUCAACAAGCGGGCGUGGAACUUCUGCACUUCACCAUCAAGAGCGACAAGGUCAUCGCACACUUCGACAAUCAGGUCAACGCGCAGAAGUGCGUGGCUCACUUUUCGGGCUGUCAGUGGGACAAGUCGGGCACAACCGUGACGGCAGAGAUCAUCUCUCCUGACCCAAAGCCAAGCAAAGCGGCCGGCUCAAAAGGCCUUUCCGCGGAAGCUCCGGCCUUCAAUCCCUUCGUGGUUCCGCACUACGACUUCUCUGCGGAGGCGCCAGCCUUUGUGCCAAUGGGUCGUCUUCCUAAGGUGAGUGAAGAAGCUGCUACAAGGGCCCCUGGGAAGCUGGCAUUUGGCUCCGACACCAGCACGGAAGUGGGAGAUUCCGAGGACGACGAGAAGAACAGCCCUGCACGGGUGAAAUACGGUCUGUCCAAGCAGCUGGGUGCGCGCGCCCGCUCGGGGUCGGCGGGCUCAUGA